AGGGCGGGGGGUUAUCGUUUAUCGCCCGAUUAUCUGAUGAACGGUGUCGGAUUCGGACUCCAAUUCAUCAAACCAGUACAUGAGGUCGAAGUGGUGCGAUCGGUCACACGAACGUUGUCCAUAAACUGAACUGAAUAACAGACCGACACCGAGAUACGUUACUUUUUGUGUGCAACUACGGUUCUUGUGAACGAUGUUCUUUAACAAACCGUCUUCGGGUUACGUCGACCCGUUCGACUUGAAGAACGACGACCACGACGUGCGGGACGACCACGACGACCGAGACGACCGAGACGACCAAGAUAGGCAAGACGAUGGAAACGAGAGUCCAUCGUUCAACAAUGCGGCGGACUUCAGCAACACGCAGCCGGAGUUGCCGAACGAAAUUUCGGCGCCGUACGAGGUGCCUCAGUUUCCCAUAGAGCAGAUCGAGAAGAAGCUGCAGAUACAACGGCAAAUUAAUUACAAGGUGCUCGAGGACAGGCGCAGCCACUACGAACCGUCGAUUUCGGGCCAAGUGGAGGUGGACGAGUUGGACGAUCAUGAUUUGUACGUUCCACAUUUCCAAAGAGUCUCCAUAUCGGGAGAAGACACCAGUGGGGUACCACUCGAAGAUUUGGAACGGGCCGCGAAGUUGCUCAUUCAGGCUUUGGAAAUACGAAAGAGAUACAUGAAGAUGUCGUACCAAAGUUUCUCGCAAACGGCCGCAAGAUUUUUAGAUCCGGACAAGGAACAACAGCAUCACGACGAAAAACAAUCCAUAGAAGAUUCAGAAGAAGAACUUUAUUUGCGGUCCAGAGGUCCAAGAAGUUCUUCGUUCGAUGAUUAUUAUAUCACGAAGUUGCUGAGUACUGACAGUAAUAUUUCACAGAACGGUGGUGAAGAUCACGGCAUCCAUCCCCCGAUCCACAAGCCAUGGGAGGCGCCCGUGGUACCGGACACCGAGCACGUGAUCAAAAACAACCGGGGCGUCUACGAGGUGUUCGCCAAUCAGGCGGACUGUGUCGCCAACAAACCGUGCCCAUACGAUUAUCCGGACGUCGUCCAGUUCACCACCGACUUCUACAAAAUGUGCACCAUGAUCGCCGACGGACCACUGAAGUCGUUCUGCUACCGCCGUUUGAGCUAUCUGUCGUCCAAGUUCCAGCUGCACGUGCUCCUCAACGAGCUGCGCGAGUUGGCAUCGCAGAAGGCGGUACCGCACCGGGACUUUUAUAACAUACGUAAGGUCGACACUCACAUUCACGCGGCUUCAUGCAUGAAUCAAAAACACUUGUUGCGUUUUAUCAAGAAAACACUCAAAAACAAUGCGGACGAGGUGGUGUCGGUCACCAACGGGGUACCUAUGACGCUCAAGGAAGUGUUCCAGGUAUCGAUGAAUCUCACUACAUACGAUUUAACAGUAGACAUGUUAGAUGUGCACGCCGACAGAAACACCUUCCAUCGCUUCGACAAGUUCAACGCCAAGUACAAUCCGAUUGGUGAAAGUAGACUGAGGGAAGUGUUCUUAAAGACCGAUAACUAUCUUAACGGGAAAUACUAUGCGAGCAUCAUCAAGGAGGUGGCGAGCGAUUUGGAGGAGUCCAAGUACCAAAAUGCUGAACUGAGAUUGAGCAUCUACGGCAAGAGUAUGGAUGAAUGGGACAAACUGGCAAAAUGGGCAAUGACGUCUAACGUCUAUUCGGAUAACGUCCGUUGGUUAAUCCAAAUCCCUAGAUUAUUUGACAUCUUCAAGUUGAACAAAGUGUUGACUAACUUCCAAGAGGUGAUCGACAAUAUUUUCGUGCCUCUGUUCGAGGUGACGGCCAAACCCAGUUCCCAUCCGGAGUUGCACAACUUCCUGCAGUACGUCAUCGGCUUCGAUUCGGUGGACGACGAAAGUAAACCUGAGAAAAAUCCGUUGUUCGACAAAGACACACCAACCCCCGACGAAUGGAACGACUACGAGAACCCGAACUACGCCUACUACCUAUACUACAUGUACGCCAAUCUGUGCGUGUUAAAUCAUUUCAGGGCGGAGAAGGGCUUACACACCUUCGUGCUGCGCCCCCAUUGCGGCGAAGCCGGACCCGUCCAACAUUUGGUCUGCGGCUACCUCCUCUCAGAAAACAUCUCCCACGGCCUGCUGCUGAGAAAAGUACCGGUACUCCAGUACCUGUAUUACCUGGCUCAAAUCGGCAUCGCCAUGAGUCCGUUGUCCAACAACAGCCUCUUCCUGAACUAUCACAGGAACCCGUUGCCCGAGUACCUGUCCAGAGGCCUGGUGGUAUCGCUAUCGACCGACGAUCCGCUCCAGUUCCACUUCACCAAGGAACCGCUUAUGGAGGAGUACAGCAUCGCGGCGCAGGUUUGGAAACUGUCCAGCUGCGACAUGUGCGAGCUGGCCCGCAACAGCGUGCUGAUGUCCGGCUUCCCUCACAAGGUCAAGCAGUACUGGCUGGGACCCAACUAUACGAAGGAGGGCGUGUCCGGCAACGACAUCGCGCGCACGAACGUGCCCGACAUACGUGUCGCCUUCAGAUACGAGACGUUGAUCGACGAGCUCUCCAAUAUAUUCAAGCCGCACUCCAAGUUAGAUGGGAAGGAACCGGCUCAAUAGGGUUUCCGAUCUUAUAUGACGACUUAACAACUACACCUAGACAGUUUUAAGUAUAAAUAAAUAAUAAUAAAAAAGAAAUGUUCAAUUAAUGUAUUCAUUACGAUUAUCUCUGUUCGGAUAGUAUCGUACCUAUUUAUUUUAGAUGAAUCAAAUUCGAUUAAAUCGAUUAAUUCGAUUAAUUCGAGCGUAAUAACGUUCUUUACACAUACUACUAAUAACUAAUAGGUAUAGGUAUAGUUGAUUGAUUCAUUCAAUAUAUACCCAACCAAUUAUUUUUAAACAAAUAAUCGUUGUAUUGAAACAUUAGUGUUGUGAUCACAAUCGCCUUAGUAGCUCGUUACUCAUGUUGGAUAGAAUUUUAUAACGAAAAUAUUAGUUUAUACUUUUAUAUUUUAUUGACGAAUAUUUUUAUAGUACUUUUAUACAUUUUUCAAUUGUUUUAAUAUUGUUAAUUUUGUCUGUUCUUAUUCUUACCUAUUUUAUGCUGAUCAAAAAGCAACUGUUUGUUUCAAUAGUGUGCCCUCAUCUAUAUAUCUAAUAUUCUAAAAUUUCGACCAAUGUAAUUAACAUUUUACAUGUAUACAUGUAGAUACUAAAUAUAUAAUAAAUAUAUGCUAUUAAUUGAA